GUCACAGCGGAGUGAAUCAGCUUGGUGGUGUCUUUGUCAACGGGCGGCCACUGCCGGACUCCACCCGGCAGAAGAUCGUAGAGCUAGCUCACAGCGGGGCCCGGCCGUGCGACAUUUCCCGAAUUCUGCAGACCCAUGCAGAUGCAAAAGUCCAGGUGCUGGACAAUGAAAACGUGUCCAACGGUUGUGUGAGUAAAAUUCUGGGCAGGUAUUACGAGACUGGCUCCAUCAGACCCAGGGCAAUCGGAGGGAGUAAGCCAAGAGUGGCGACUCCAGAAGUUGUAAGCAAAAUAGCCCAGUAUAAACGGGAGUGCCCGUCCAUCUUUGCUUGGGAAAUCCGAGACAGAUUAUUAUCCGAGGGUGUCUGUACCAACGAUAACAUACCCAGUGUAAGUUUAUUGUGAACAUCUGUCCUCCUUGCCCCAAGUCCCAUCUCUGGCACUUCUUUAUCUCCUCCUGCUCUUUUCUCUCCCCAGGCCUUGCCAUCUCUCUUCCUCUCUUCCCUGAUUUGCACGGGUCUCCAGGGUACCUGGGGGUAUGGAGAGGUGGGCUUUGACUUUUUGACCAUCUGGAAAAUGGGGUUGAAGUGUGAGGAGUAGUUCCCUUCAUUUGGAUACCACAAACCAGGAGUCAAAGGAACUAGGGAAAGGCACUGGGAAAUGAAAAUGAAAACCAGAUUCUAAAUUCCCCUCAAAGCAUUUUCCUGAAGCUUCUUUCAGGUGUCAUCAAUAAACAGAGUUCUUCGCAACCUGGCUAGCGAAAAGCAACAGAUGGGCGCAGACGGCAUGUAUGAUAAACUAAGGAUGUUGAACGGGCAGACCGGAAGCUGGGGCACCCGCCCUGGUUGGUAUCCUGGGACUUCAGUACCAGGGCAACCCACACAAGAUGGCUGCCAGCAACAGGAAGGAGGGGGAGAGAACACCAACUCCAUCAGUUCUAACGGAGAAGACUCGGAUGAAGCUCAGAUGCGACUUCAGCUGAAGCGGAAGCUGCAAAGAAAUAGAACAUCUUUUACCCAAGAGCAGAUUGAGGCUCUGGAGAAAGAGUUUGAGAGGACCCAUUAUCCAGAUGUGUUUGCCCGGGAAAGACUAGCAGCCAAAAUAGAUCUACCUGAAGCAAGAAUACAGGUAUGGUUUUCUAAUCGAAGGGCCAAAUGGAGAAGAGAAGAGAAACUAAGGAACCAGAGAAGACAGGCCAGCAACACCCCUAGUCACAUUCCUAUCAGCAGCAGCUUCAGUACCAGUGUCUACCAGCCAAUCCCACAGCCCACCACACCUGUCUCCUCCUUCACAUCAGGUUCCAUGUUGGGCCGAACAGACACCGCCCUCACCAACACGUACAGUGCUUUGCCACCUAUGCCCAGUUUCACCAUGGCAAACAACCUGCCUAUGCAACCCCCAGUCCCCAGUCAGACCUCCUCGUACUCGUGCAUGCUGCCCACCAGCCCUUCAGUGAAUGGGCGGAGUUAUGAUACCUACACCCCUCCGCACAUGCAAACACACAUGAACAGUCAGCCCAUGGGCACCUCGGGGACCACUUCAACAGGACUCAUUUCACCUGGAGUGUCAGUUCCCGUCCAAGUUCCCGGAAGUGAACCUGACAUGUCUCAGUACUGGCCUCGAUUACAGUAAAGAGAGAAGGAGAGAGAGAGUGUGAUCGAGAGAGGAAAUUGUGUUCACUCCGCCAAUGACUAUGUGGACACAGCAGUUGGGUAUUCAGGAAAGAAAGAGAAAUGGCUGUUAGAAGCACUUCACUUUGUAACUGUGUCCUGAACUGGAGCCCGGGAAUGGACUAGAACCAAGGACCUUUGCAUACAGAAGGCACGGUAUCAGUUGGAACAAAUCUUCAUUUUGGUAUCCAAACUUUUAUUCAUUUUGGUGUAUUAUUUGUAAAUGGGCAUUGGUAUGUUAUAAUGAAGAAAAGAACAACACAGGCUGUCAGAUCGUGGAUCUGUGUUGGCUCAUGUGGUUGUUUAAAGGAAACCAUGAUCGACAAGAUUUGCCAUGGAUUUAAGAGUUUUAUCAAGAUAUAUCAAAUACUUCUCCCCAUCUGUUCAUAGUUUAUGGACCGAUGUUCCAAGUUUGUAUCAUUCCUUUGCAUAUAAUUGAACCUGGGACAACACACACUAGAUAUAUGUAAAAACUAUCUGUUGGUUUUCCAAAGGUUGUUAACAGAUGAAGUUUAUGUGCAAAAAAGGGUAAGAUAUGAAUUUAAGGAGAAGUUGAUAGCUAAAAGGUAGAGUGUGUCUUCGAUAUAAUCCAAUUUGUUUUAUGUCAAAAUGUAAGUAUUUGUCUUCCCUAGAAAUCCUCAGAAUGAUUUCUAUAAUAAAGUUAAUUUCAUUUAUAUUUGACAAUACUCUAUAGAUGUUUUAUACACAUUUUCAUGCAAUCAUUUGUUUCUUUCUUGGCCAGCAAAAGUUAAUUGUUCUUAGAUAUAGCUGUAUUACUGUUCACAGUCCAAUCAUUUUGUGCAUCUAGAAUUCAUUCCUAAUCAAUUAAAAGUGCUUGCAAGAGUUUUAAACCUAAGUGUUUUGCAGUUGUUCACAAAUACAUAUCAAAAUUAACCAUUGUUGAUUGUAAAAAAAAAACCAUGCCAAAGCCUUUGUAUUUUCUUUAUUACACUAUUUUCUUUUUAACCUUAUAGUGUGGUGUUACAAAUUUUGUUCCCACAUUAGGUUAAUGUCCUAAAUCAAUGGUUACUUUCAUAUACUCCAUUUUACAACCUGAUGGUCCUCAAAGAAAUAAUUUUUACAGGUAUCAGGAGUUGGUAAUGUAUUGUAAAAAAACCUAAAACAAAACACAGCUGUAUGUAGAUCUGCAUCCCACAAUGUGUACAGAAAAUGGUAAUAUUUCAAAUUUAUAUAUUUAUUUGAUUUUAAAGCUCAAAGUGUAGAAGUAAUUAAAAAUAUGCAACAAGGGAUUCACUAGGAAUUGUUUUGAAUUAGAGCUGGCAUUUUCAACCUGGGCAACCAAUCCCCACAAUAAUUCCACUACAGUCAUAUUCAAAGGUUGAGUUCUUAAACAAGAUCCUCUGAAAGCUGUUGCCAAUCUCAGAUAACCCCUCUUGCUGUCCUGUCUCCCGCCUCUUUGCAUAAGAGGCAUCGGUUCCCAUUGAACCCCUCCAGCUGUUCCCAUUUGUGUCUUGCUUUCGGUGCUGUGGUGGAUGGUUGGAGGGUGGAGGGGGAUGUUGCAUGUCAAGGAAUAAUGAGCACAGACACACUAAGAGACAACAACAAAGCAGACUGUGACUGGCCGGUGGGAGUUAAAGGCCUUCAGUCAUUGGCAGCUUAAGCCAAACAUCCCCAAAUCUAUGAAGCAGGGCCCAUUGUUGGUCAGUUGUUAUUUGCGAAGAAGCACAGAUCUGAUCAUGUUUAAAGUGGCAGCAUGCAGGGCAGGAGUGCCUGAGCCCAAGCAAUGGAGUGAAAAAAAAGGAAGCCUUUGUUGGUUAGAAAAAGGCCUGCCUGCUAUUUUCUGUCUGUUCUGUGCAACACUUAAGUCAAAUAGACACAUUUUCUUUAGCAAGCUUGAGAGAGAGAGAGAGAAACUCUGGGGUCCUAGCCACCUAGAUUAAAAAUACAAGGAGACUCGUCCUAGGGGGAAGACAUUUCACUGACUCCCAACUCUGAGGAUUUUUGGUUUUGUAAAUCGCCAAAGGCAAAUGAUCAGAAAUAAAUUGAUUGGAGGAUUUCAAC